AACUCAUACUAUUACAAGCUAAGUCAAUGCACGUGCAGUACUCACCAAAGAGCCAAUCGUCUAACUUCAUGGAUACACUCGAGCUCGAGCAGAAUGAAAUGAUGUUAUGAAAUGAAAAUUCACAUCCUAUCACAAAUACUACUCUUCACCUACAUAUUCAAACACCUUGAUAAAAUCCACCCUCACCGAAUGUAUAAGAAUGAUUUUGGAAGAAUUGGAUUCAAAUUGCAAUUUAAAGUUGGCACUGCAACAACGUGAGUGAGAAUUUGCAAAAACUGAAAAUGGAAAGUUGGGAUUUCUCACAUUUUGACGAUUACAUUCUCGACGAAGAACAAAGUGAAAGUGAAGAAACUUGUAAAAUUGUGGUGCCCAGGAUAUUGGCCGAUUGCUACCGAAUAGGAUCAACAGGCAACGUUUUCCACCGAGCCAUCCGAAAAGGCAACGAGAGAGAAAUUCAAGCAGUGCUGGACGUUUACAAUGCAGAUUUUGACAAGAUUAGCAAUUAUUUGGUGAAAAAUAUCAAUGGGAUCGGGAUGAUAAUAUUUGGAUGAGGAAAACUAAUUUGAUAGCAAUAGACGAAGACAGUUGUCGAAAGUGUAAGGUCCUGGAAGAGAGUUCAGUUGAUGUUGGCCAAGAUUUGGAGUGCGCAAUUUUCGUUGUGCUGAAGUGUCCCAUCAACGAUGAAGAAGUUGCUGUUUUGCAUCCCACUGAGGAAAAUCGGAUCGAUUUGUUUCGAUUGGUUCGAGAGCUUCUUCCCAAUGGAUGUCUUUCGUGGGAUUAUCCCGGACUGCAGACGGAUCCGAAUGGGAAAAAUGAAACAUACGUCGAGACGGCUGCUUCUUGUGGAAAGCAUGAUUUGAUAACACGAUUGUACGAGCUUGGAGCUGCACUUGGUGUGCCAGGACACAAUGCGUUGGUGGCUGCUUGUAAAACGCAUCAAGCCCAAACAAUUCGCUGGCUGCUGACUGAGCAUUUCGAUCAUUUCGAUUUCACGCAAAGAAACGAAUCCCAAAUAAAUGGAUUUCACAUUCUUCUGGAAAGGAACAAACACGAAAUGGUAGAUUUUGUGUUGCAGAAAAUGAUCGACUACAGGAAGAAGCAUCUCAACGAAACAGAAUCGCAAGCAUUCAAUAACAUUUUUCACUACGAAGAGUACGACAGUUCAUCGACGCUAACUCUGGUGAGAGCGGGUCCAGCUCGUAAAAUAGUUGAAGAGUAUAUUGUGAGGUACAAACUAGAUUUAUCCUACCAGUUCAAAAAUGUGACAAUCUUACGUUGUCUACUGAGUAGAAACUUGGCUUUGGACUAUUGUUGGGAAACGAUUCGGAGUAAUCCAAAGCUCUUGGGGCUGUCUGUGAAUGAAGAAUCCACAAUGGUACACGUGUGCAUUGAAUAUGGACACUUGGACAUCCUAAAAGAAAUGUACGAGGCCCAUCCGGAAGUUAAACGGUAUUUUGAAACCGAUGGCAGUUUUGGUUGUCUACAAGCGCGGUGUUUCGAAAAGCGCCACGAAGCAGUUGUGUUUAUACUAGAGAACCAUAAUAGAUUUUUCCUGAAAGAUUUGAACAAAAUGAAAGAACUGAUUUCAAACAUCCACUAUAAUCAGGAUGUUUAUGAUAUUGCUAAAGAAUUAUUGAUUACUUAUUUGCCAUCGCUUCGAGCUGAAUUGGAUGAGGAAAAGGAGAGAGAACCGGUGUUUUAUCCUGGAGAUGAUUUGAAAGCUGCAUUUUGGAAGUACAACUUGGAGUUUGAAGGAUCUAGAAUCAGAGCAAAUGAUCCGACGCAAUCGUUGAGCUCCGUACGAGGCUUCAAAGGCGUAACCCUGCUUCAUUACGCGGUGGAUAAGAAUAAGAUAGAAUUGUGCCGUGUUCUCAUGGAUUCCGGCUGCGACAUUGAUGCAGUAGAUGACGAGGGGAAUCAUCUCAUCCACUUUGUGAAAAGUAUUGAAAUGCUUGAUUUUAUCAUCGAAAGGUAUCCUAGUGGACGAUCCUUAACACAUCGCACCAACACACACGGUCAAACUAUUUUGCAUCGGAUUUUCUCCUUUUACAUGAAUUCUGAACCAUUGAAUGCACUGAUGGAAAAAAUCAUUUCCUAUGGCGCGGAUGUCAACCUAAAGGAUAACAGUGGAGAAUCAAUUGCAUUUUUAAUAGCAAGUGAUAAUCAGCUGGUGAUUCUUGAAAAGUAUAACCUCGACUUGGAAGUUGUUAAUAACGCCGGUGAAUCGGUCCUGGAAAGACACCUGAACUAUCGACACGUUUGGUUAGCACAAGCUUUACUGCGUCGUCUUCACGAACGUCCCUCGUUCAAAGACCAUGCCCACAAAUACCUGGAACCGUUCAUGUUCAGCAAUCGUGAUUUUUUCAGCUGUGAUUAUCAACCUUUCCUAGAAGGUAAUCCUGAAACAACCAAACUUAUUUUUGACUCGGUUUACAAUCACUCCCGAGAGGAAGCCUCGCGACUGUUCUGCAAAGCUUGUGGCAGUGCCCACACAUUCAUUACGGAGAAGUUUCUCGAGUUCGAUUACGACUUGGACUACAACUAUCAAGAUCAAGAUGGUUACACACCCAUCAUUGGUCUCCUCAGCUAUAUGGAAGAACCCAACCAACAUCUAGUGAAACAAGUGCUUGGAAAAGGCGUUGAUUUGGAACUUCGCAACAGCUGGGGAAGAACUGCCCUGCUGAUGUUUGUGGAUCGGUUUGGAUCAGCGAAGUGGUAUGGCCAUGAUGUAGGCACGGUAGAACUGCUUCUGGACCAUGGUGCGUCGAUCGAUAGCUGCGACAGUGAAAACGGAAAUACUGCUCUUCAUUACGCAUUCCAGAAUAAUGAUUUUUAUGUUGCGGAAGUGCUGAUUAGGCGUGGAGCAAAUCUGACGGUUGAGAACAACGAAGGCAAGAAGCCACUGGAAAUGGCCUCUGGACCGAUCUAUGAACUGAUCAAAUUCAUCGAAUGAGAAAAUUGGACUGAUGGAAUUCUGUUGAUUUGAGGUGCAAUAAAAAUAUUGGAAACACUACUUAACUACGG